AUGGCGAGCCUGGGGCUGGGCGACGACGAAGCGCUGUACACGCUCGCAUACUUCACGAGCGACUGGGUGAGGCCCAUGGAUGCUAUCGCGCUGCCUAGACUAUGCGCAGUGCUGGAUGGUGUCAACGCGCUUAACAAGCAGCACCAGUUAAUUGGACUGCUGGAAGUUCGCCGGACGGACGAGGAAACCGGCAAUACCGACAGCAGUUGCGGCAAAACACAGCGACUAGAACCAUCACCUUUCCGGUCGCUGUGCAAGCACUACCAAGUGACGGAUCUACCGGCAUGUGUUUUGCUCGACGCCCAGGGUCAAGCGCUAACUUCGGGGUCAUUAAAAGCGCUAGAGAACGAACUUCGACAGCUUUGCGAGAACGACAACAACGACGCUGCUGAAUUUCCAUCGUCAACUGAUUCCGAUUCAUCAUGGAAAGCUCUUGGUGAACUGUUGAAGGACGAUGGAGCCCCAGGCGCUGCGUUUCGAGCCCUUCAAGCACUCUGGAAAAGCCAAGUUACUGUAGCGGCUGCAGAUAUUCCCGAACCUCUUGAUGUCAAUGACCCAAACCUUGUGAAGAUGCGCGAAGAGGCCUUAGAACUGUUUGAAACGGGACAAUUUCUCCCUGCUGCAUCGAGCUUUGUAAGCGUCUUGCUGCGCUGCCCGACGUGCACAAAAUCAAGUUUCAACCUGGCCGUAAUUCUGCAAAUGAUUGGCGAAACUUACUUUGCUGUGGCUUCCAUUCUGCGUGUCGUCGCUCUCGAUGAUAGUGACUCAGUAGCGCACACAGUCCUCCGAUCCGUCUACUACCAGGAAGAGCCCGACCUUGUAGUUGCUGGCUAUCGCUCAAUCCUCGCAUCAAACCGCGAUAGCCACGUUCGAGCAGUGCAUUCGCUCGCAACACUCGAAGGGGCUACAACUACCAAGACUGCAGCUCCUGCUUAUGUUGCCAAGGUCUUUGACGAACUUGCAGAUAGUUUCGAGGAGAAGCUGGUGGCACAUCUAGAGUAUCGGGUUCCCUGGCAACUUGUCGAGGCUCUGCAAAAACUAUCACCGCCCGGAUUCAUCCCGAAGGAUUCGACAGCUGAACCAGAAUGGGUUGUAGCCGACGUUGGAUGCGGCACCGGCCUCUGUGGACGUCUCCUGCGCUCACACGUGAAACAUAUCAUUGGGGUGGACAUAUCGCCUUUGAUGAUUGAGAAGACCCGGGCGGAGGGAAGUUACGACGAGUUGCAGACGGUCGACAUUGUGCCAUUCCUCGAGUCGUGCGCGGAUGAAUCCUUGGAUCUCAUAAUCUCCGCUGACGUGUGGAUAUACGUGGGUGCAUUGGAGCGCGUUUUUGAGCUGAGUAAACGUAAACUCCGUGCCUCCACUGGCUGGAUGGCUUUCUCCAUUGAACUGUUGCCGCCUGGAGCCGUUGACGACGCAGUGGGCUUUCGCUUGGCGCCAUCUGGUCGGUUCCAACACUCGCACGAGUAUAUCACGUCUCUCGCUAGUCGAUGGGGCUUCAUCGUCGCUGUACAACAAGACGUCAGUGUUCGUAAGGAGAGUGGAGAACCCAUUCCAGGCCGCAUCUAUCUCAUCCAGCAAGCUAAAAUAUGA